CAGUAGCGGUGACCGGCGAUAGACGCCCGUUCUGACGUGUUCAUCUGCAUUUUUCACAGGACUCGGCGGCCGACGGAAUCUGGCAUCGCAAACAUUGGGAUUGCGUCAUGAUCUGAGACGCCCCUGCCCCCACCUGUUAUCGGCAGUUUGGCAGUAGCGGUGACCGGCGAUAGACGCCCGUUCUGACGUGUUCAUCUGCAUUUUUCACAGGACUCGGCGGCCGACGGAAUCUGGCAUCGCAAACAUUGGGAUUGCGUCAUGAUCUGAGACGCCCCUGCCCCCACCUGUUAUCGGCAGUUUGGCAGUAGCGGUGACCGGCGAUAGACGCCCGUUCUGACGUGUUCAUCUGCAUUUUUCACAGGUUUGUCUUCACACAUUCACACAGUGUUUUCCUUUUCCUAUUUUUCUGCUGGUUGCUGCUACUGCCAAACUUGUCGUCGUAGUCAUGCUUUUCGAGGUGUAUGAGAGAUGAGUGUUUCUGGGGAGGACAUAUGCCUUGCUUGCAUGCUUACCCUAGAAACUACUGAUGCUAAAGUGAAAUGCAAAAAGUGUGGUAAUUCUUAUCACAUCGAACAGUGCUCUGGACUGACUGAGCCGCUUGAUAAGACGAGAAGUGGCACCAAUUCUCGCAAAAACUAUGUGUGUUCCACGUGUAAAACUGGUGCGCCAUGCGUCGGUGCAGGUGCCGCUGCUGCGGCUCGUCAGGAUUUUAACUUUGCUGUUGCUUUUGCGGAGUUAAGUCAAAAACUUGAUUUUCUAAUGCCACUAAAUGAAAAGAUGAACAGCAUUGAACAGGCAGUGCAAACAAUGUCUGAUCAUUUCGAUACCAUUCUGAAGCGAUUGGACAGCCAAGAUAAACAAAUUGAGCAGCUCCGUAAGAGAACUGAACAGUUGGAACGAGCAAGGCCUGACGAGGAACUACACCAGAUAAACUCUGACUUGAAUGACCUGGAAAUGCGUAGCAGGAGCCGAAACUUGGAAAUUCAUGGGAAACUUUUCAACGAGCACGAGAAUCUACUCCAAAAGAUAAACGAGAUAGCCAGGAUGAUCCAAGUUCCUGAGGUCAGCGAUCACGACCUUGAAGCUUAUCAUCGCCUUCCGGCGAAGGCAAAUAAGACCCCCGCCAUUAUCAUACGUUUUCAAAGCCAAAAGCUGAGGGAUAUGUGGCUGCAGAAAAGGCGAUUACUAAAGGAAAAGGAUGCAAACAUAUACUUUUCGGAAAACCUAACGCGCAGGGCAAGAACACUAUUGUGGACUGUGAAGCAAUGGGCUCGCGAUAAUGGCUUCCGUUACGUGUGGUAUGCAAACGGGAAAAUCUUCAUCCGCAGGAAAGAUGGCGAACCGUCCCAUGUUGUCAGGGACGCGAGUCAGCUGGCUAAUUUUACUGUGGUUAGGCACGUCAGCACAUAAUAUGUGAACAUCACGUCAGAAUGGCUAACAAUAGAUUCGUGUUGCCUUGCAACAUUCGCAGCGUCAUGCCUACCGAUUGGUUGGGCUCAUCAGUGAAAUGUUUUCAUUUGAAUGUACGAUCACUGAACAAUAAGGCUGAUGAACUGCAAAUUUUGUUAGACAGUUUUAACCUGUCUUUUGAUUUCGUCAUGGUAUCUGAGUCAUGGCUGAGCAGUAGCUUUUGUUUGCCAUCAUUUUCCACAUUUGCCGUCAAUCGUAAUGUGGGUCGUGGUGGAGGUGUUUGCAUUUUCGUUAAUAAGAAAAUCGAAUGUGAAUUGAUCUCGGAACUUUGUUGCAUGUCAUCUGCUGUUGAGGUUGUUUCUGUAUUGGCAAAUAAUACCGUUUAUUCAGUGUUCUACCGACCA